AAUGUCAAUUAGAAUUAGUUGAUGUUGGAAAUUUAUCAUUAGUACAUGUAAAACUUGAUGCGAAUAAUGUACGAUGGAAAUUAAAUUCAAUUGAACUUGAACACGAAUAUGAAAAAAAUGUUUUAAAUUUUCCAAUUCAUCGAUGGCUUGAUUCCAAUCAAAGUUUCAAUGUAUUAUUAAAUCAAGGUCCAAUACAACUUGCUUCAAUCUAUACGAUUAUUAUACGUACUGGUACUAUUAGCAGUUCCACUCAACUAGAUAUGCAUCUAGCAUUGAUUGGUGAUGGUGCUUCAACACUUCCACUUCAUCUUAAUUCAAAUUCUCAUUUAAUACAUUCUACAAAUAAUCAUUUAUUUCAAUCUGGUUCAAAAAAUCUCUUUUGUAUUUCAUCUUUUUAUUCUAUUGAUAUUGGACAAUUAUUUCAUAUACAAAUUUGGUGUAAUAGUAUUGAUAAAUUACCAUAUUAUUGUGAAAGUAUUGAAAUCAUCAAUAAUUUCAAUGAUAAAAAAUAUUUUUUUCUUGUUAAUCAUUGGUUUGGACCUAAUUUAGAGGAAUAUUUAUCUGUUCCUCUUAUUAAUCGUAAUGAAGAAUCUAAUAUGUUUACGAUUUCAAUGAAAACUAUAGAUAUAUCAAAGUCAGAUGAUGAACAUCUUGUUUUGAUUUAUAUCGAAUUUGCUAAUGGAAAAUCAUAUGAAGAAGCACUUCAUUCAUCAGAAACACAUCAAAUUCCAUUUCGAAAAGAUAAUAUCGAUUUUUUUCUAGUUACUAUUGAUAAUGUGAAUGAUAAUGAGAUUACGAAUGUGAAAGUUUGUUUUGUUAAUAAAUCAAAAGAGACCAAAACAGAAAUUGAAUGGAAUUGUGGUUGGAUUGAAAUCCGUGAUAUUUUCUAUCAAAGAAAUUAUGUGUAA